CGUGUGCUUUGCAGUUUCCUUCUCUUCCAUUCUUCCAGAAUUCUGUUCUGUGCUCACUUCGCGACACUUACGUUUUUCCUCCUGCCCAGCAAUAUAACUCAAACCGCGACGAGCGCCUCCACCGAUGGGAAAGAUGAGCGGCCUUCCCUCUCGUGCGGCUCACUCCGUGCUCCAUUUCCUCCUCUUCUUGGCCUCCUUUGCUGCUGCAGCUCAAGCCUCUUCUCGCUCUUCCAACCAAGGUUCUGCAGUAGUAAGAAAUAUAAGCACUAUACCUGAGAGUAACUAUGGAAGAGGAGGUUUGUCGCAUAUCACCAUUGCUGGAGCAGUUUCUCAUGGAAUGAAGGAGGUGGAGGUUUGGCUUCAGACUUUUUCUCCAGGCUCAAGGACACCAAUUCACAGGCACUCUUGUGAGGAGGUAUUCGUUGUCUUAAAAGGUAAAGGCACACUUCUACUCGGUUCAAGCUCACUGAAGUACCCAGGACAACCUGAGGAAUUCUCCAUUUACUCGAAUAGCACAUUUACAGUUCCUGUAAAUGAUCCUCACCAGGUCUGGAAUUCUGACGAAUAUGAAGAUUUGCAGAUGCUAGUCAUAAUAUCACGUCCACCAGUCAAAGUGUUCAUAUACGAUGACUGGAAUAUGCCCCACACUGCAGCUAAGUUGAAGUUUCCCUACUACUGGGAUGAGGAGUGCUUUUCGCAACCUAAGGAUGAGCUUUAAGGUGUUCGUUCUUUUGUAUUAGAUAAAAAUAUCUAGAGACCCUGUCGACCAUAGGCCAUUUUAAUGGAUACCCCUCCACUUUAUUUAUUUAUUUUGGUGGAAACGCUGUCAACUUUUUUUUGUUAUUAUUUUUUUCGAUACGAGUGGUCUUGGUCAAAAACUAAAAGUUCCCCAUCAAAAUUGAUGCCUCUACUAUGUUAUUGCCAAAAGCCGUUUAAUAUAAUUGUAUUGUUGUUGAGUUUA